AUGAGGAAAGUCGAUCUGAAUGAUGAAACAGGUCGACAUAAUCCCUUCAUUAUCAGAGAUCCAUGUAAGAUCUUUUCAAUGUCUCAAGUUAAAGAAUAUAUGAUUGAAAAAGAUCGAGAAUCAAUCCGAACAACAACUCUAGCUCAAAGAGCCGAUGUGCUCAAGCCUCCUGUACCUACAGGUGCUAUUUCUCAGAAAAACACGCGAUCAAUUACGGCAUAUACUUCAAUGAAAUCUACGACUAGUAAUUUCAAUUCGGAUGUAUUAA